CCGCAGUUUCAUUUUCAGUUCUUCGUCGUUCGCGCUGCCUGAAUGUUGUUGUUCUCCUCCUGCGUUCGAGCGGUAUUUUUGGGCAGGAAUCGAGUCCAAUCGGAACGGAUCGCAACGCGCUGAAUUAAAAACACGUUUCGUCUCAAAAAAAAUAUACAUCUUUGGGUAUUCCUGGAGCGCGCACAUUACCAUCUGGUAAUUCGUUCUCUUCCGUAAAAUCGUAGAAUCGCCAUCGCCCUCGCCCUUGUGGCGCAUGAUUUGAAUAGCUGGCGUUGUUUGUUUGUUUGUUGGCUGUUUGCUGCCUCAACCACAACAAAGAAGGCACAAAAGCACGAGCACGCGUAUCUCUGUAUCUCUAAAUAUCUAAAAACGCUCCGAGCGGUCCAAGUGUUUAUAAAAGUAUAUAAAAAUGUGCGAGGGAGCGGUACUAUGAACUAUCUCAUCUGGCAGUGGCCAAAAAAGAUAUAAUGCUAAUAGACCAAAAACACGUUUUAUGCCAUUUGUGUUUUGCUUUUCUCGGAAAAAACCCUCAUCCCAACCGAAAUUCAAAGAGCUGAACUGAGAGGGAGUCAACCUACAUUAUUCAUGUACUUCCAAUGCAGAUGCCAAUCUUCAGUGUAUUCAAUUAAAUAGAAGCAUUCUUCGAGAGUCACAAGUUACUACGCAUCACAAAACAAGCUGAAUAACCAAGCAUAAAUCAAUUGAGCCAAAUGCUGAUGCCAUAUGCCAAUAGCAAUUGCACGAAACAAAACUAAACGGAUUCUCAAACCAAACCCCACAAAUAAAAGCCAUGAAUGAGCUACAGGCCUCCAGUGUCCCGCUGGUGGACAAGUGCUCUUCCCACGCCGUCAUAGUGCCGGCGACCAAAAGCCCCAACAAAGUGUCCGAUUCGGCGGCCACAACAGCACCCAAUGCCGUCUUAUACACAAGCGGUAACAUGUCCCUAACAACGCUCUCCACAGGCAGCAGCAUCCCAAUUGCGAAUCCGAAUCCCAAACAGGAGCCAGCGCCGCUCCUCAGCCAGCUCAAGUUGACCAACGACCUGAAGCAGAACACUCACGGGUCCCAGAACAACCUAUGCAAUGGCGGCUUGGGCAACAGCAAUCACGCCUUGGCGCCCAAGGUGGCCAACAAUAGUGGCAGUAGUGCCAAUGGCCAGAAGAAGGGCACCAUCGCCCUGUCACAUCUGCCCCAACGACCGCCGGUGGACAUCGAGUUCUGUGAUAUCUCCUACUCGGUCGCCGACGGCCAUCGGCGGGGAUUCAAGACCAUCCUCAAGAGCGUCUCGGGCAAGUUCCGAAAUGGCGAGAUCACAGCCAUUAUGGGACCCUCCGGUGCCGGAAAAAGCACGCUGAUGAACAUCCUGGCGGGAUACAAGACUGCCCAACUUAGUGGUUCUGUGCUGAUCAACAGCAAGGAGCGAAAUCUGCGGCGCUUUCGGAAGCUCUCCUGUUACAUCAUGCAGGACGAUGUGCUGAUCGGCAAUCUAACCGUUCGCGAGGCCAUGAUGGUGGCUGCCAACCUCAAGCUGGGCAAGAAUAUGAUCAGUUACGCCAAAGUGGUGGUUGUUGAGGAGAUCCUCGAGACGAUUGGCCUAAAGGAGUCGGUAAACACCCUGACAUGCAACCUGUCCGGUGGGCAAAGGAAACGACUAUCGAUCGCCCUCGAACUGGUCAACAAUCCACCCGUGAUGUUCUUCGACGAACCCACCUCCGGACUGGACAGUUCAACCUGCUUCCAGCUCAUUUCGCUGCUGAGAUCACUGGCCCGCGGAGGACGCACCAUAGUCUGUACAAUUCACCAGCCAUCGGCGCGGCUUUUCGAGAAGUUCGAUCAUCUGUAUUUGCUGGCUCAGGGACAAUGUGUCUACGAGGGCAGAGUGAAGGGUCUGGUGUCGUAUCUCUCUUCGUUGGGCUACGAAUGCCCUUCGUAUCACAAUCCUGCCGAUUACGUUUUGGAGGUGGCAUCUGGCGAGUACGGAGAUGCUGUACCGAAACUGGUGCAGGCAGUGAAAAGUGGAGCUUGCAAAAAGUAUGCGCAAAAGGAUUAUGUACAAACCUUGGCCCAAAAGAGCUGCAACAAUGAUAUCGUCAAGGGCAGGGGAAGUGGGGCGGAGAAUACGACAGCUACGUUAACCCUACAGGAUGAGAAGCCGCCACUGGAACGCUCCAGUGCCGAAGACCCCGCGGAGCUAAAGCCACCGAAGCUGGAGUCUCAACAGUCUCAAAACUCCGACUGCAGCGUUGUGAAUAUGCCAACAACUGGUGUGGACGACAGCUGCAGCUUUAGCUCUUCGAAAGGCACCCAAAAUGCGGUGGGUUCGGGCUCGGGCGGACCCAGUGCCGUUGUGGGCUGCAUGACCUCGCUGCUGGAUUCGCACGAGAGCGUCGUCACACUUCCCAACAAGACGGGUUUCCCCACCAGCGGAUGGACACAAUUCUGGAUCCUGCUCCAGCGCUCAUUUCGCACCAUUCUUCGCGACAAAAUGCUGACCCACAUGCGGCUCUUCUCGCACAUCAUUGUGGGAGCAAUCAUCGGAAUGAUCUACUAUGAUGUGGGCAACGAGGCCAGCAAAAUCAUGAGCAAUGCCGGUUGCAUCUUCUUCGUCUCACUGUUCACAACCUUUACGGCAAUGAUGCCCACCAUUUUGACCUUUCCCACUGAAAUGUCAGUGUUCGUGAGGGAGCAUCUCAACUACUGGUACUCACUGAAGGCUUUUUACUUUGCCAAGACCAUAGCGGACCUGCCGUUUCAGAUCGUCUUCUCCAGCGUCUACGUUCUGGUGGUGUACUACCUAACCUCGCAGCCGAUGGAAUUGGAGCGGGUGUCAAUGUUUGUGCUCAUCUGCGUGCUUAACUCACUGGUGGCACAAUCGCUGGGACUGCUGAUCGGGGCGGGGAUGAAUAUCGAAACGGGCGUAUUCCUCGGCCCCGUGACGACUAUACCCACGAUAUUGUUCUCCGGGUUCUUUGUUACCUUUGACACCAUACCUGGCUAUCUGCAAUGGGUGACGUACGUCAGUUAUGUGCGUUAUGGGUUCGAAGGUGCCAUGGUGGCCAUCUAUGGAAUGGAUCGGGCCAAGAUGGAGUGCAACCAAAUAUAUUGCCACUAUCGUGUGCCAAAGAAGUUCCUCGAGCAGAUGUCCAUGGAAAAUGCUCUGUUUUGGGUGGAUGCCGUUGCCCUGAUUGGAAUCUUCUUUGCCCUGCGCAUCGUAGCAUAUUUUGUGCUGCGAUGGAAACUGCACAUGAUCCGCUAAACGGACGAUUCGCGGGAUUUGUUCAUAGUCUAGGGUUAUUAUUAUUAUCAUACGUUAGAGAUCACCUGUACAUAGAAAACAAAAAAUGGGCAAGGAAUGUGGGGAUAGUAGUUGGAAGGUAGGAUGGAUAUGGAUUGUAACUAGGCGUAGCUUUACCGCAUUCUUCAACUUUCGCCCCUCGGGCUUUGUACGUUUAUACAGACAAGAGACAUACAUACACACUUACAAAAUCAAAAGUGUCGAAGAGACGAUUCUAAAUAUAUUUCCAUGGAUACACAUAUUCAUAUACCCAUACAGUAGCUGUUCUGCAUACCAAAACAAAUGGAAUUUACAUAGAUCUAUAUAUAUAUAAAUAGGAUUACCCACGUAGAACCCCACUUACACAUACUCACUAAACUUGAGGUAUAAUUCUUGUGACCAAGCAGAAAAGAGUCUGAACUUAAGUAGGUUGAAAACAUAACAAACUGUAGAGAAGAUCCAGAUCCUUCAGUGUGGAAUUCAAAAGAAGACGAUGGCGACAACGACGACUUUCUCCCAACGUUCUUCACUCCGUCCCCAUGUUUUACUCUCUCAAAUUCUCUUUCUGCAAGAGAUGAAACCACCUUUUUCUACUUUUUCGGUAUCCUAUUUUGAACCCAGAAAGGAACCAGUGUGCAAUCGAGCGGAAGUUAAGGCGAAUGUGGAAAUGCGGAAACGGAAACCAUUCCCUUGUGAUAGAAAUAGCGGAGCAGUUCGGGUUGGGAAAUCCGUUUCCCGGACAGGGGAGGUAGAAAAUAUAAAAGUGAGGGGGAACCUGGCCAACUGGUGAUAUCAAGCAAUUACUAUUAUUACGAGCACGUUUGAAGGCGAUGGGGAUACAACCGGAUUUGUGUUAGCUACGCGUAUUUGUGAUUAUAACCUUUUUAAUUUAGUACAUGUUUAGUUUAAUUUUAUACGUCUACAUUUAUCAUGCCAAAAUAAAUGCAAUUUUCAUUUAAA